AUGAAAGCGAAGAUUGGAUGUCGCCUGAGGGAGGCAAUCGCACUAUGGGACGAAGCGCUCGGCGGCGGGGCCAGCAAGGGAACAGGUCACAAUCUCGCUUUUUCCGAAGUGACGUUUGCGGGGGUAACUCAGCUUUGCUUCAAAGAGUUCUACUAUGGCCAUUGGAAUGGGAAGCGCAACAAACUCGUCUCUGAUGACGUGCUGGCCAUCUACUGGAGGGAUACGGCAAACUCUGGCGGCGUCAGUGCUGGGACUGUGGGUUAUACGCCCAAAGAGCACGCCGACUCAAACUACAUAGGGUUCAGGCACUCAUUGACAUUAGCAGAUAAUGCUGAUUCCGCGGUUAUUGCGCACGAGAUUGGACAUGGGGACGACUACGUUGAAUUCCGCUGCGUCAAGCUUGAAGGUUUCGCAGUCGCUCUCAUGACAGCCCAGUCAAAACCCGAGAACAAGGGCAUCAGCAUUCAGGACCUAAGCAACAAGCUAUGUACCGAUGCUGCCUUUGCACGUGAAAAUGAAUUCUUGUCUGAGGAAUACAUCAAGACCGCAGAAAAACAAGACGGCGAUAGAGAGUUCGACGUCAAUUCAAUAAGUGAGUCUAUCAAAAAAUGUGACAUAGGUGAUCAGAAAAGGCUUACAAAGGCUGCAGUGAUGUACGCGUCCACCGCCCUCGCAAAUCAAGCUUGCGUAGGCGACCUCAAUCAAUGCCCGCUGGUCAAAAUCAAGAAGCAAAAUGGGGUCAAAGUGGGUGUGGAACAGAUACAGCCGCCAACGCGCCCGUCCGAGGGAGAUGCUGCUUUCGUCAGAAAGUAUUACCCGUGGAAGAGUUAG